AGUUAUUUAAAACAUGAAUAUUUUAAAACUUUUCUUUGUUUUUAUUGUGGCAAUGUCUCUGGUAUCAUGUAGUACAGCCGCUCCAGCAAAAAUACCUAUCAAGGCCAUUAAGACUGUAGGAAAGGCAGUCGGUAAAGGUCUAAGAGCCAUCAAUAUCGCCAGUACAGCCAACGAUGUUUUCAAUUUCUUGAAACCGAAGAAAAGAAAGCAUUAAGAAAAGAAAUUGAGUGAAUGGUAUUAGAUAUAUUACUAAAGGAUCGAUCACAAUGAUAUAUAGAUAGGUCAUAAGAUGUCAACGUG